AUGACAUCUGGUGGUGCGGCUGCCGGUGAUUUCGUGAAGGCUUGUGCAGUGAUGACGCAUUCGGAAAUCCUUGGCGAGUGUGGCAUGUCGAUCCUCCGUCCAUACCAAGCAGAUUACCUCCCCCGAUCUGCUUGUUCGGCGGCGGAGGACCGACUCCGAGCCAGGGUCCACUCCGGCCGUGCCUCCGACACUGCGCUCCGGUCCGUCGCUGCUGACAUCAACUACAGAGACUUCAAAGGGCUCCUUCUCAAAUUCAAACCCGAUGUCUCGCAAGAGCAUCGAGACACUUUCGUCCGGGAGAUGAAGGCGGUGAGGCAAUGGCCGCAUGUCAAAUGCGCGUUCCUUGGCGAACAGGCCUUGACAGGGACCGCGUCGUUCAGCAAGGACUACGAAUAUGGCUUCGUCAGCUUUCACGAGGACCAGGCUGCACUGGAGCGCUAUCGAGCCUUGGGCGAACAUGAGCGGUAUGGAGACCUGGCAGCAGCACCGUGUCAUGCGUGCGACCAUUUUAUUUCUCUUCCGCUUCUCGGCUGA